AUGGCAGAGCUGAUCAGUGGGAGCGAGCCAUACGGCAACAUAUUUGAGCCUCUGCUACCACCACUUCAAAGCAUCUCCUCAGGCCAUCAAGGACCUCUGCUCAUCGUGGUCUCCACUCCCCUCAUCAUCAUCGCUGGCCUGAUCGUGUUUGUGAGGCUAUAUACAGUCGUGACUGUCACGCGCACGAUAGGACCGAGCGAAGUAUCGAUCGUCGCUUCCAUAGCCUGCUUCAUAGGCUACAUUACAUGCAUCAACAAAGCCGUCGGAAGGGGCCUGGGUAAUGGAGGUGACCAGAUCCCCGACUUGAUUGACCCGGAGCUGAGAGGAGUACGAAACCGUCUAAACCCAUCACUGAACGCAUGUGCUGACGAUGCUCAGCAAUUCUGGAAUGCCAAUAUCCUGCUGAUUCCGACCAUCGCUUUCGCCAAAGCCUCCGUCACCUUGUUCUUCAUCCGACUGAUCGGCUGGAAGUCAAUGUGGAAGACCGGUCUGUACACUUCGAAAGGACUCCUCGCGUAUACUGCGGCUUGGGCAGUCGGCAGCAUCACUGUCACUGCUCUGCAAUGCUCGCCAGACCGAUCGGCCUUUGGACCAACUCCAGCUCCUGAGAAUGGCACUUGUUUUAAUCAAUACGCCAUGCAGCUCGGAAUCAGGAUUCCAGACAUAAUCAGCGAUCUGAUCAUUGCUGUACUGCCGGUCUUUCUUAUGGCAACACUGCAGACGAAUCGAAGGAAUAGACUACUAGUCAUCGCUCUGUUUGGCGUUCGAGUAGUAACUAUAAUCCCCAACAUUCUCUCGCUACGCAGCCUCCAUACCUACUACGAUCUCCGUACUUCUUCCCGCCAGCGAGCCGCAAUCACGCCCACAAUCUGGACCACAGUCUACGCCUUCACUUCCCUCGUCACAGCCUGCAUCCCCGCGAUAAAGCAACUCCUUGCCGACUGGGCCGCCGGCAUGUCCAAGGCCACCAUCGGCGAAGCGCUUGACGCUGAGUACUACGGAAACAGCCGCAGCGGUCGAAACGACCGCUCCAGAACAAACCACAGUUCCGGUACAAGGAGGAAUGACAACACGACCAGUGCGACCAGCGCGACUGCGUCGCAGAGAAAUAUCGAUCUCGCGACAAGACUAGGGUUUCAUCGGAGUGGGAAGGCGACGGUGUUGAGUGGACCGCGGGCUGGGUUUGUGAGUGGGCCAGUGGGUUCGGGAAGGGAGCGCAGGAGGGAGGGGAGUGGGGAGGGGGAGGAGAGUGAGAGCAUGAGGGGGUUGACGGAGGGUGUGAUUUUACAUACGAGGGAUUAUGCUGUUGAGUAUGAGGAGCAUGAGAUGAUGCCGAUUCAGGGUGUUGAUGGGAGGGAGGACGGGGGUGGGUAUGGGGCGAGGAGAAGGUCGUAG